CCGCAAAGUUUAAGGCAACCCCGCAAAGUUAGGUCAGCCCACUGGCCAACCGCGUCACACCACCACACGUCAUACGACCAUGGGAUACGGAAUGCAUGACCUCACGAGUCACCCCACUCGCCCGGCAUCCGGGGAGAAGUAUAAAUAUUGUAUUUCACACGCGACCUCCUUCAUGGGCUUCCCAGGACUCUGCUCCUAUCUGACGUUCAUACCAAACAAUCGUAUCUCACACUGACUCACUCGCACUUAUCGACAUUUUCAAUAUGUCUACUAUCCAGAAGAUGGCUUCCAUUGAGGAACUCAACAAGUACAACUCCCAAUGGGUGGAGUUUCACAUCCGUGACCACCUCGCCAACGGCGAGAUCAAUGUCCGCCAUACCGUCAUCGAAGGCGGCGAAUUCCACAACGCAGACACCUCCAAACCCAUGACCGAAGACGAUGUCGACGAGAUGACCAUCCCGUCCUACGGCGUCGGUGAGAUCUGCGCCCGCGGCAGAAGAGGCAGCGAAGGCCGUCUGGACCUGUUCCACGACGAGGAAAAGAUCUGCGAACUCCACUGGGACAACCGCCAGGAGAAUGGCUUUAAUUUAGUCGAGGUGCUGGACGGAAGUAAGUCGUACAGAGUGGAGCAUGGGGGAUGGAGCCCAGAGGCAGGACCUCUGGGCCAUGUGUACGUUGAUAUUUGGGAGAUGAAGAAGAAGCUCGAGGAGAAGAAGAAGUUGGAGCAGAAGAUCGAGGAGAUCGAGAAGACCAAGGUUUGAUUUUACGGCGUUUUUUGAGACUUACCAGCGUGGGUGGGGUGUUUUAUCGGAUUUUGUUUCGGGGUUUCGUUUAUUUGCAUUGUCUAUCUACCUCGCAUCGACAUUAACGCUGGAAGUGAUGUUGCUAGUAACUAGGGAAAUUGUCUACCCGUGUAUCAAGAUGAACAAUAAUAACUUAUUUGAAAACGAGCAAG